UCUUUUCACCAACGAUCUUCUCCUUCUCGUGGAUUAUGUCAUGAAACCUCUGCGUUGUUAAUUCGAAUCUUUACACAUGUGUAAACGUGUUCUAUCGAAGAGCGACUGGAUCAGUUUGAACGAUUAUCGAAGCGGCUCGGUGGACGAUUCGUUGCUGAAAGAAAGGAACUACAAUGACGCAUACUAUUAUCCGUGUCCUGUGCUCGAUCCGAACAAGAAACAGCCGGUGCAACAGCAGCAACAGCUGCAACCGCAGCAGCUUUUCACCUGUGCGCUUUGCGGCAGGGAAUAUACCUGGAUGUAUAGUUUACGUCGACAUCAGCUACAAUGCGGCAACAAGGAAGCGCGAAACAAGUGUCACUUCUGCUCGAGAAAAUUUUACAGACGUGACAGACUGAAAGAACACUUGCUGGCUCAUCAUCCAGACUUGAUUUAGGUUUCAUGCCAAAAUUCCGCGAGAUUCUCUCGGACCAAGAUAAUUUAAAUCCUCUUGCGCUGGAAUGACGUCGAAAAUUUUUUUCUCUCGAAUUGCAACAUUUUC